UUAAUUCUAGCUGUCAUUGGCUCAGAACGCCAGGCGUUCGGAGCAGCCAAUCAACAGCGUCAAUCCCGAGCAUCAGGAGGACAUAAAAGACCCCCGCUUGGCUCUUUAGUAAUCAGUGCCGCUUUGCUUGUCUUGCUGAGAGUGUCUUGUUGGCGCCAUAAUGUCCGGCCGCGGCAAGCAGGGAGGCAAGGCGAGGGCGAAGGCGAAGUCUCGCUCUUCCAGGGCAGGGCUCCAGUUCCCCGUCGGACGCGUCCACCGCCUCCUCCGCAAAGGCAACUACGCCGAGAGGGUGGGAGCCGGAGCCCCAGUGUACCUGGCCGCGGUGCUGGAGUACCUGACGGCUGAGAUCCUGGAGUUGGCUGGCAAUGCGGCCCGGGACAACAAGAAGACCCGCAUCAUCCCCCGACACCUGCAGCUGGCGGUUCGCAACGAUGAGGAGCUGAACAAGCUCUUGGGGGGAGUCACCAUCGCCCAGGGCGGAGUCUUGCCCAACAUCCAGGCCGUGCUCUUGCCCAAGAAGACCGAGAGCCAUAAGACCAAAGGCAAAUGAGAAACAAAUAGUGCCACACCAAACGGCUCUUUUAAGAGCCACCCACUAAUGUCAACGAAGGGGCUGAAAUCUUGAGUCUGGAAGGUGGGGCAUCUACACUGCAAAUUGAAUACAAAUUGCUUUGAAAUUUAAUUAUUUGGCAUAUUUAUAUACUGGCUUUCUCACCCCUGGAGGGUACUCAAGGUGGUUUGCAACAUAGUAAUGACAGAAAUUCAAUGCCAACAUACAAUAGAAAAACAAUAAUUAAACACGAACAUAGCUAUAAAUUAAAAUCAUUAGAACCAUUAAACAUGCACACACAUCUAAACACCAAGACGGCAUUAAAGCAAUGGUUCCCAAACUUGGCCUACCGCCCACAUUCCAGAAAAAAAUAUUACUUGGCACCCCCUAUAAAUUAAUUUUUUAAAAAUUAAAACGGUAAUUAAACAGAAA